AUGCAACUCAGCAACAUCCUGACGUUCCUCGCUCUGAGCUCCGGAGCGUACUCUUUCAAAAUUCGCGCGUUUACCGGCGACAACUGCUCGGGCACCGCGAAAGAAAUCAACGUCUGGGACAACACCUGCAGAGACUCAAACACCAUCAAGACUCGAUCUUUCCGAGUUCUGUCCUACGGUGGUUAUCACCAACGAGCCCAGUUCUGGGAAUCGACCCACUGCUAUCUUGGUGAUGGCAGCAAGGACCACCCUAUCCAGCACAAGAACUGGUGGGCCGAUGGAGGUAGUGAUACGUUUAAGAAGGACAAGUGCAUUAAUUUGGGCUAUACUUCGCAAGCUUAUAACUCUUACUCUGGCUGA